CCUCGCCGUCGGCCUCACCAUCUUCGUCGUCACCGUGGUGUCGCCGUCGUCUCUCCGGUAGCGCUCGGGGGCUUGACUUCGACCCGCCCCCGGAGCGGCCGUGCGGGACGGCGCGCCUUCAUCGUCGGCCCCGCCCUCUUCUUCACCACCACCGCAACGCCGACCGUCCGUCCGCGCGCGUGCCGCGCGCGGGGCCUCGUUUCGGUCGGCCGUGGCCAACCACGUGUCGCUCGCGUUUGCUCCCCUCCGUGCUAUGCCUUGCUUGGCCGGAACGCGCACUAGCUUUUCCACAUGCCAUCUUUGCAAGCUAGCUAGAUGUGUCACACAAUGGUUAAACCAUAUCCAUACACAUCCCAGACAUUAGUCAAACCAUGGCCGUAUAUCACAUGUAUACAUGUCAGAUAUCCCUUGUACAUCACCCAGAUAAUGGCCAUACGUAAACCAGACAGUGACGGCCUCGCCGUUGCUGCUCCCUCUCCAGUGCCUCGCGCGCAACCUUCGCCAAGCGGCCGUGCUCUGCUUCACCACCGCGCUGAGCCGCGCGCGGCUGUCCGGCCCGCCUCCGAGCCGUCCCAGCACUCAGCCCCGCUCCGGUCUCCUCCGCGUCAGCUGAGCCAUGUCCUCGCGCGCCUCCGCGAACGGCUCCUCACCACCACCGGCGCAGCCGCGCCUCGCCUGCGCCGUCCUUGUGCGCCAGCAGCCCGCUGCCGCGUCCGGCUCCGCCAUCUGGCCCGGCCCGCGCGCGCCGAGUCCUCCGCCAUCCGGCCCGUCGCCCUCACGGCCGACUCGCUGUCUCGCUGGCUCGCUGUGCCGCGGCCGUCUCGUCAUCGCCGUCAUCCGCCCUCGCAGCAGCGGCCGCGGAGAGCACUCCCCUCGUUGGGUCGUCUCCGUCCUUGCCCGCGGGCUCCCGUGCCGGCCUCGCUCCUCCGUGCGCCGGCCCGCGAACGGGUGCUCCUCGCCGGCUUCCGCGUCCGCCAUCGGCUCCGCCUCGCCACUGCGCCCCGUGCCGGCUGCGCGUGACUCGGCCCGCGGCCGGUCCUCCGCGCGCGGUAGCCGACUCCGCGCCCGCUCCUCUUGCCGGCUUCGCGGCAGCCCCGCGCCGGCUUCCCGCCCCGCGCUGGCCGGCCUCCGCGCGCCCUGGCCGGCUUCCGCGAAAGCCCCUUCCGGCUCGCGCCCCGCCUUGGUCUGCGCCGGCUUCCACGCCACCCGGCCUGCCGGCCCCGUCCGCACCUCGCCUCCUCCCGCGCCGCUCUGCCGGGUUCCCGAGCCGCCCGCCGGGUCGCGCGUCCUGCGCCGGCUCCGCCCCGCACUCGACCGCGUCGCCGUUGCCCCGGCCGCCGGCUCCCACGCCCGCCCUGCUUCGCCCCCAGCCGCGCCGGCGUCCGUCGCCGCGCCUCCGGCCGCUUCCCCGUGCCGGCACCGCCGUGCCUCCCGCGCCUGCUCGCGGCUUCGCCGCCCGCCUUCUCCGCCGCGACCCGGACGGCCGGCUUCGCCGCCCGCCGUCUCCGCCGCCACCCGGCCGGUCCUGGCCCCUGGCCUCUCUGCGCUCCCAGCAAGUGUUCAAGGCAUGCUUGACUAGGCAAGUGGGACUGGGAACUUACUAUCUCUCUGCGUCUUCCAACAACAAAGUCUUGGACUUUGAAAUACCGAUGAAACAACAGUACAGCACAUCGGAGUUCAUUCGAGAAACAAGAUAACUGAGCACCAUAAGUGGACGGAUUAUGCAGUUCUCCAAGACGAAUGGCACCAUCUGCACUCUUUUGCAAUCAACAAUCUAGUAUCUGCUAGACAUAUCCUAAUUGCCAAAGAUCUGAAAGAUUGCUCGGUCUGAAGAGGCCCAUGAGCAGUAAUAGCAGUUACGAGAAAAGAGAGUGAAUUGGCAUGGCAGUAAUCGGAAGGACUACUGGGCAGUUAAUGGCAUCAAUUGGACAUUUUUCUCCACCGCUGACUACCAAAUGGUUAUGGUCCUCAUACUGUCAGCCUAAACAUAAAAGUGUUCUUCUGGAUGCUUAUGAAUAACAGACUAAAUACUAGAGAAUUCCUUCAAAGAAAGAACUUCUUCAUUGAGGACUACAUGUGUCAUGUGUGCAGUGUCCUUAGACCAGAGACCAUCUAUAAUUCUGCUACCAUUUCUUCGAUAUACAUCUGUCUCCGAUCAAGUCCUCCUCUCAGAGUUGGUCGGUUUAACAAUGUCAUUGUUCAUUUCAUAAUGGACCCUUCUUCCACAAGGAAAGAGAUGGCAUCAACUUGAAGCCUUGGUGGCUUUCAUUAGGUCUUUGGGUCCUUCUCUCCUCGGUUGUACGUUAUCCUUUGUUUUGCACACUCAUUUGAAAAUCAAUACUCCCUCCAUUUUUAUAUACAAGGCCACUAUGAAAAACACAUCUAUCUUGGUGUAUUUCUUCUCUAUCAACCGUACGACAUCAUAGAGGAUGGAGGUUAAUUUGUACAAUUAGCCUUUCCACAUUCAUGUGUAUGUGAUUUACGAUUAUGUCAUGUACACGUGACUUGAAAUGUGGAAUGAAAAUUUCAUGUUUCCCACCAA